CGGGGCCGUGCGGUCCAGGCGCCGGUCUUCUCGCCUGGCGGGGGACUUAGGUGGCCUUGCGCCGGAUCGCGUCCCCAGUCUGGGGUUCCAGGUGUGGGGCUGAGUGCAGAUGUUGCCCGGCCCUCCCAGGCGUUUCUGAUGAAGAACAAUCAGUAGUAUAUGUUCCAGGGAUUUCUACAGAAGGAAAUAUCAGAUCAAGACACAAGUCGAUGAGUCCAAAAGCUAAUGUUAAACUUAAGACUUCCAAGGUGACUGCUGCUUCAAUCUCUAUGGAGUCUUUAAAGGGUGCAGGAGAUUUCGUAAAUGAACAGAAUUUCUGCAAGGGAGGAAUAAAGAGUGCAUCAUUAAAGGAUUUAUGUCUUGAAGACAAAAGACGCAUUGCAAAUUUAAUUAAAGAACUGGCCAGAGUAAGCGAGGAAAAGGAAGUGACCGAAGAACGACUCAAAGCUGAGCAGGAAUCAUUUGAGAAGAAGAUAAGGCAGUUGGAAGAACAGAAUGAACUGAUCAUCAAAGAGAGAGAAGCUCUUCAGCUGCAGUAUAGAGAAUGCCAAGAUCUUCUAAGCCUCUAUCAAAAAUAUCUAUCAGAACAGCAAGAGAAGCUCACCGUGUCUCUCUCAGUGCUUGAUGCUGCCAGAAUGCAGGAACAACAGGUACUCAAUAGGAAGAGCACUCUCCCGUCUUCAUCUGUGGAACUGGAUGGUUCCUACUUGAGUGUAGCCAAACCACAAACCUACUAUCAAACCAAGCAAAGGCCUAAAAACCUGGACUCAGCUUCGGAACCCCUUGUGGAGUUCAGAAAUAAUUCUUUGAAACCAUCAGCCCUUCAUUAUCCCAAAGAGGAUCCUGACAUGAUGCCAUCAGAAACCAGAACACGUGAUUAUGGAUCCCCAGGGAAAAAACUAGCAGAUGUAGUCCCUACAGAGAAAGUUCCUUCAGAGGCAUUGAAGAUGAAGGAAUGCCAGCACCUUCAGCCCACUCCGUGUAGACAGUGUUGUGCUGAUAGACUUCCUGAAAAUGCAGAUCAUGUUCCCGUUAGCCAUCCUACAGAUGUGGCCCCUCAAUAUUCCAAGACACACCCGGAAUCAUGCCAUUAUUGUGGGCGUUCCUGGGCACCUCUGAUGCAUGGCCAAGAGGCACUGCAGCCCAGUGAAACUGAUUUCAAAAAGCAGCUAUCAGAAGAUAGAAGGCAGCAACUUAUGCUUCAAAAAAUGGAGCUGGAAAUUGAAAAGGAGCGCCUUCAGCAUCUGCUGGCCAAGCAGGAGACAAAGCUUCUCCUAAAACAGCAGCAGCUUCAUCAGUCUCGCCUGGACUACAAUUGGUUAAGAACUCAAGCUGUGUUUAAUUCGAAAGAACUGAUUGCUGAUAACAAGCUUACUCAGCCCCGAGAACUCAACCUGGAUAUGAAUGGGAGUGACUCUGGACCAAGUUUGUUGAAGUCAGCAUGUGAUGGUUGGCUGCUGGGAACAUCAUCAUCCAUCAAAAAGCAUCCAGAGUCCAGUAACAGUGGAGAGACUAGAAGAGAGAAGAAAACAGUUGGGUUUCAGUCACCUAUGGAAGAUGAUGCCCUGUGGACAUGUCAGAAGACGGAUACAUAUCGACCCCAAAGAGGGACAAUGACAGGAGUUAGAAAGGAUGCGUCCACAUCUCCUAGAAAGGAUGCGUCCACAUCUCCUAUAACAACCGAAAACCAAAAGGAUCUUUUAAGCACAUCGUCAUUCCAACACGAAUCCUCCCGGUAUGAGACAUCUCUGUUGGAUUUAGUUCAAUCUUUGAGCCCAAAGUCUGCUGCUAAACCUCAGCCCCAUCCCUGCAGAGAAGCCGGGGCCUGGAAUCACAGCACUUGCCGACUCAGUUCUCUAAAAUCAACCCGGAAGAAGAUGGGGACAGGCAGGACCCCCGAUGACCUACAGGAGAAUCAAAUUUUGGAAGACAUCUUUUUCAUUUGACACCGAAGCAGUUGAUACAAAAUUUACAUAAGCACUUUGUAGGUUUCUUAAUAUACCGAUCUAGGAUUUUUAAUUUUUAA